CGUGUGCGCAAACAGGGAACUGCACUCUUUGUUCUGGAGGAAGGACGUGGACAAACCAAACUUGCAGGCUGCUUGCAGGAACAGGAGAAGUUCAGAUCAAGGAAUGGCAGCGCAGGCAGAAUUCUUCGCGGGCAUUCCCAAGAUCUCCUAUCUACCCAAUGCUGGGGCAAGAGAUGUCAUGUGCUUCAAACACUACAAUGCAGAAGAGGUGCUGAUGGGGAGGAGGAUGGAGGACUGGCUGAGGUUCUCAGUCUGCUAUUGGCACUCCUUCUGUGGAACUGGUGCUGAUCCUUUUGGGUUUCCGACGCUUCACCGGCCCUGGAACGAAGGGACUCCUAUGGAAUCAGCCAAGAAGCGACUGCAUGCUGCUUUUGAGUUUUUCACCAAGCUUGGUGUGAAAUAUUACACAUUUCAUGACAGGGAUAUGGCUCCUGAGGGCUCCACCCUGGAAGAGUCCAACAGGAAUCUGGAUGAAAUAACAGACGUGGCUCUCCAGCUGCAGAGCCAGACUGGAAUCAAGGUGCUGUGGGUCACCUGCAACCUCUUCGCCCACCAAAGGUACAUGAAUGGUGCAGCCACAAACCCUGACUGUCAUGUUCUGGCCUUCGCUGGUGCUCAGGUUAAGAAGGGGCUGGAAAUUGCCAAGAAGCUGGGUGCAGAAAAUUUUGUGUUUUGGGGAGGAAGGGAAGGUUUCCUUUCCAUCCAUAAUACUGAUGUUGCUGCGGAACUGAAGCACAUGGCCAACUUCUUCAAAAUGGCUGUCAAGUACAAAGAGAAGAUUGGGCUGAAGUGUCAGUUUCUUAUCGAACCCAAGCCUAAGGAGCCCUGCAGACACCAGUAUGACUAUGACGCUAUGAGUGUUAUAGGAUUCCUUAAGCAUUAUGGUCUGGAGAGUCACUUUAAGUUGAACAUCGAGCCCAACCACACCACCCUGGCAGGACACUCAUACGAACAUGAUAUUGUCAUGGCCUCUACGUUUGGCAUGCUGGGUUCAGUUGACUCCAACACUGGCUCUUCUGACCUGGGCUGGGACACAGACCAAUUCCCCAUGGACAUCAGGGACACCACCUUGGUCAUGAAGACCGUUAUUGAACAAGGUGGCCUGCAGCCAGGAGGCCUGAACUUUGAUGCUAAGGUGCGCAGAGAGUCUACAGACCUGGAGGACCUGUUCAUCGCUCACAUCGGAGCCAUGGACACCUUUGCGAGAGGACUCAGAAAUGCUGUUCGCAUUAUUGAGGACGGACUCAUCACUGGUAUGGUGAAGGAGCGAUACUCAAGCUUCAGUCAUGGCAUUGGACAGAAAGUGGAGGAUGGUUCUGCCACCUUAGAGGAAAUGGAGGCCUUCAUCAAGCAGAACGGUGAGCCGAAAGUAACUUCAGGGAAGCAAGAAAAAUAUGAAUCCAUCUUUAAUCACUACAUAUAAUAAAAGCAUUACUGUCUGCAUAUGAUAAACUUUGACCUUCCCACUGGGAUCAGGAAUUGCAUUUGAAUGCAGAUGUUUCACUAACUAAAAAACUACCAAUACAGAUGCUGAGCACUGUAGAGAGUAGAUAUUAGGGUAUCCUGACAGACUAACUGACAGACUUAUUCAAUAUAACAUUUAAGAAAUAUGUGUAUCUGUAUAUAUUUGUAGUGCUUUUGACAUGUCAACUGGCAUUUGAUAUAAUGUACAGUGAGAGGCUAUAUUCACUUUAGCUGAUGACUAAUGUUCACUGUGUAAUGAAACCCAUUUUCACAAUGAAGUUGAUGAAUUAUUGAUUAUUAUAACUUAGUGUUUGUAUUAUCUACUGCAUUAAUUUCAACUUUGUAUUACCAUUCAAAUGUAAGAUGUCCUUGAGUGUCUUGAAAGGUUUCCACCAAAUAAAAUGUAUUAAUGCUA